AUGGAUCCCCCCAACAAACGAACACGUUUUGACAAACCAGAUAACUGGAACGCCUCAUUGAACGGAAAGUCCCUCAUGCCAUACAAUAUGGCGGCUGUCCGUGGUCCGAUUCCAAAUGGGCCAAUGCAUCAAAGACCACUUAUUGCAUUACUGGAUGGAAGGGACUGUUCAGUGGAGAUGCCAAUACUCAAAGAUGUGGCAACAGUAGCAUUCUGUGAUGCACAAUCGACUCAAGAAAUACAUGAAAAGGUGCUUAAUGAAGCAGUAGGAGCUCUCAUGUGGCAUACAAUCACUCUCAACAAAGAAGAUUUGGAAAAGUUCAAAAGUUUGAGAGUCAUCGUCAGAAUAGGAAGUGGUCAUGACAAUAUUGAUGCAAAAGCGGCUGGUGAAUUAGGAAUUGCUGUUUGUAAUGUACCUGGCUAUGGUGUGGAAGAGGUUGCUGAUUCAACAAUGUGUUUGAUUCUGAAUCUGUAUCGAAGGACGUACUGGUUGGCUAAUAUGGUGCGUGAAGGCAAGAAAAUAAAUGGUCCUGAACAAUUACGAGAGGCUGCUCAGGGAUCAGCCAGGAUUCGAGGAGACACGUUAGGAAUAGUUGGACUUGGCCGUGUGGGGACAGCUGUUGCGCUUCGAGCGAAAAUAUUUGGUUUUAAUGUAAUUUUUUAUGAUCCAUAUUUAACGGAUGGAAUUGAAAAAUCAUUAGGAAUUACACGGGUAUAUACAUUACAGGAUCUCCUUUUCCAGAGUGACUGUGUUACACUCCAUUGUAACCUAAAUGAACACAACCAUCACUUAAUCAAUGACUAUACCAUCAAACAGAUGAGGCCCGGUGCUUUCCUUAUCAACACUGCUCGAGGUGGUCUGGUUGAUGAAUUGGCUUUAGCAGCAGCUCUUAAAGAAGGUCGCAUCAGAGCUGCUGCGUUGGAUGUUCAUGAAAGUGAACCAUUUUCCAUGGCCAACAGUGCUCUGAAAGACUGUCCCAAUCUGAUAUGUACUCCACAUUCAGCGUUCUACAGUGACCAGAGCGUUUCAGAAUUACGGGAAAUGGCAGCAGGGGAGAUAAGACGAGCAAUCAUUGGGCGGAUACCUGACAGUCUACGCAACUGUGUCAACAAGGAAUAUUUUCAAUCAAUUAUAGUGUGUCUAAUAAGGGGAAAACAUCAGUUAUUCAUUGAAUGCAAUGACACAGCAAUGGACUUAACCACUUACAACCAAACAGGCAACAUUCGAUAUCCAUUCCCAGCUACAGUCUACCCUGAUAGUGUGAAUGGUCCAGCAUAUGCAUUCAACCCAGCUGCUGUGGCUAUGGGAGUCCAUUCCACCACAAUGGACACUCAUCCUGCAGUGGUGCAGCACUCUCACAACACUCCCCACAGCACACCACACAGCACCCUACCAGAUUCAGGAAACCACAUGGCCAAGGCUGAAAGUUCUGAAGUUCAUUAG